CCGGUUUAUUUACUAAUGAUAUCGUUCAGCUAUGCUAAAUUACUUACGGAUGUGUUUUCCUCGACACUAUUUACUUACCAAAGGCAUAGUUCUUUAAGAAAUAGCAUUUCUCUUUAUUAUCAUUAGAUUCGGUGCAUUUCUUUUGUUAUUAUUUCACUUAUUUUAUUUUUGUCGUUUUUUAGGAUCUGCAUUUCUCUAGGUUCCAUAGGAUAAAUUUUCUUGGCAAAAAAAGACUUGACCACAAUGUCAAUCCUGUACGAACCGACUGCAUUGCCUCUUACAAAUACCCCUACGAUGUUUAACGCUGUCCCUGGAAGCAGAAGUCGUCCAAGCUCUCAGUCUCAGUCAAUUCCAGUUGAAUUUCAAGCAGUUCUCUUUGCUGGUUUUGGUAACAGUUUAUACCCGUUAACCGGAAACGAUGCAUUGCCAAAGGCAUUGCUACCUGUUGGCAAUAAGCCCAUGCUUCAUUACCCUCUGUACUGGUUAGAAGCUGCUGGAUUCAGCUCUGUGAUUAUUAUCUGUAUGGAGGAAGCUGAGGCUCAUAUCAGCUCAUGGUUACGCUCUGGCUACGACGGCCAUUUGCGGAUACAUGUGGAAGCUCCUACUGUGAUGGACGAUUCUAUGGGAUCAGCUGAUGCUCUUCGUGCGGUAGCCCAUUUAAUUAAGACUGAUUUUGUUUGUCUAAGUUGUGACAGCAUAACUGAUUUGCAACCUUACAUGGUUUUAGAUCAUUUUCGUUUAAAUGACCCUUCUGCUCUUGUCGUAUAUAGUCAUGUACUAAAACAUGAGCACACUACGAACCAGGCCAAGGAAAUUACCGAGAAGCAUUUGAUCGGCGUUGAAGAAUCGACACAGAGAUUAUUGUACGCUAAAAGUUCUGCUGAUAUUGGAGGGGAUUUAUCACUUCGAAUGUCCUUAUUAUGGAAGCAUCCCAACAUCACCCUUCAUACAAACCUGGUUGAUUCUCAUAUUUACGUUUUUAAGCAUUGGAUAGUCGAUCUAAUCCGGGAAAAGGAAAACAUUUCCUCUAUCAGCAGUGACUUGAUUCCUUACUUGGUAAAAUGUCAAUAUCAAAGACCUUUUGCUGUCCGCGAAGAUAUCAACAGAUAUUUGCAAAACUCUGAAAAUGAGAAUAUUGAAGAUAGUGCUAAUGAGUUGGUUAUAAAUACCUUUAUUGCCAAAGAAGAGUUUCUUUGCGCUCGUGCAAAUAAUUUGUCCAAUUACUUUGAACUCAAUAGAUGCAUUGCUAAAUUGACACCUGAUCCUCGUCUCAUCGAUGUCACUGUCUCUGAAAGAGCCCUUGUUGGAGGAGAUUGCAUGGUCAAUGAGGGUACCGCCAUUGGUGAUAAUAGCAACAUUAAAAAGAGUAUCAUUGGAAGAAAUUGCUCUAUUGCCAAAGGUGUUGUUGUCAGUAAUUCUAUUUUGAUGGAUAAUAUUAUUGUGGAAGAUGGUGUUCGUUUAGAUUGUUGUAUCGUUGCUUCUGGAGCUACCAUCAGCCAGCGGUCAAAACUUCGAGAAUGUGAAAUUGGUGUCAAUCACCAUGUCGAACCUAAGCGUGUCGCUAGAGGCGAACGAUUAGUAGACAUGGAAAAGAUCGAAACAGACGACGAUAAAUAAAAACUUCAAUACGGUAGAAAUUAUAUGGGCUUACUUUUUGGGUGUUAUUUUUUUCUUUUAUAAACCCCUAGAAAAUCAAUAAACAUGGUUUAAAACACCAGCGUUUGAACGCUUCCAUUUUUAUUCUUAUUUUUCCUUUUACAUAGUUCAUCUACCUUUAAAUUCAUUUCUGUACUGUAAAAUGUUUCAUUGAGAGAUCUAUCCUAUCCUAUUCUAUAUCAUUUCUAUUACAUGCAGUACAGUCAGUCCUAAAUAUAAUGGUUAGUUUCCUAUUCAGAAUACGAAAUAAAUUAGUAUACCGAA